AUGGUGAAUUUAAACGGCAUUCCACCAAGAGGUAAAAGGAACUAUUAUUUGGCAAUUGGUCUUGAAGGAUCUGCCAACAAGUUAGGCGUUGGUAUUAUCAAGCACCCAGUGCUAGAAAAACAUGAAGAUAGUGACCUUUCGUAUGAGUGUGAUGUUGAAAUAUUGGCUAAUAUUAGAGAUACAUAUGUGACACCGCCAGGAGAAGGGUUUUUACCAAGAGAUACUGCAAGACAUCAUAGGAAUUGGGUGGUACGAAUCAUUAGAAAGGCAUUAACGGAGGCCAAGAUCGAUGAUCCCACAAAGAUCGAUGUGAUAUGUUUCACUAGAGGACCUGGAAUGGGUGCUCCUUUGCAUUGUGUGGUUAUAGCUGCAAGGACUUUGUCAUUGAUGUGGGACAUACCAUUAGUUGGGGUUAACCACUGUGUGGGGCAUAUCGAGAUGGGGAGAGAGAUCACAGGAGCUAAAAAUCCUGUCGUGCUCUAUGUUAGUGGAGGUAACACUCAAGUUAUUGCUUACUCCGAGAAAAGAUAUCGAAUCUUUGGUGAAACGUUGGACAUCGCCAUUGGGAAUUGUUUAGACAGAUUUGCAAGAACUUUGAAGAUACCGAAUGCACCAUCGCCUGGUUACAACAUUGAACAACUGGCUAAACAGUGUAAGAAUAAAGAAAAAUUAGUGGUAUUACCAUACACUGUUAAGGGAAUGGAUCUGUCAAUGAGUGGUAUUUUGCAAUAUAUUGACACUUUAGCGAAAGACCUAUUCAAAAAGAACUUGAAGAAUAAAUUAUUAUUUGAUUCAAGAACAGGAGAACAGCUUGUGACUGUAGAAGACCUAUGUUACUCUUUACAGGAAAAUUUAUUUGCCAUGCUUGUGGAGAUUACCGAACGUGCAAUGGCCCAUGUAAACUCAAACCAAGUGCUAAUAGUGGGUGGUGUUGGAUGCAACGUUAGGCUUCAAGAGAUGAUGGCCCAAAUGUGUAAAGACAGGUCCAAUGGACAAGUACACGCAACUGAUGACAGAUUCUGUAUUGAUAAUGGUGUGAUGAUUGCCCAGGCAGGCCUAUUAGAGUACAGAACAGGCCACUUUGUUAAGGAUCUUUCUGAAACCAUUGUCACGCAGAAGUUUAGAACCGAUGAGGUUUAUAUCGCAUGGAGAGAAUAA